GUUCUCCGAUUUGAAAUGUGGACAUUGAAGAAAAAAUCCGACUAUUUUCAAUCGUAUCUCGAUCAACCAAAUCGUCAUUUACGCUACGGUUAUGUCAGCGGUUGUGAUAUGACAAGACAAGUGUCAUGGGCAAUUACCAAGCUAGUAUCAUAA